GGGGGGAGGUGUGAGGGGAGGGGGGGGGUGGACUUUUUAUUUAUAUUUAUUAAACAUUAGACGAAUGCGUUAGGCUCGAUUUUCGCGAGAGAGAGAUCUCUCGGCAGUUCCUUUCUCUCCUCCGUCUUUUUUCCCCGAGCUCUCCGCCUUAAGAUCGUUUCCGAAGCGAAUCUACAUUGUGUGUAUAAGGAGAGCCGAUCUCUUUCUCGCUAGAGAAAUGUCCGGGAUAGUUCAGUACGUGGUGGUGCGGGGAGAUCUUGCGAGGACGAUGGGAUGGCCGUUGGGCGCCGUGAUCGCCCAAGCGUGUCACGCGUGCACCGCCGUUAUCCAUCUCUCUUACAAUGACGCCCACACGCAGGCCUACCUCGCGGAUUUAGACAACAUGCACAAGGUGGUCCUCGAAGCCGCCGAUGAAGCCGGUUUGCAGACGCUGUGUGCAAAACUGAAGGAGGACGACAUUCAGCACAAGCUGUGGAUAGAACAGCCCGAGAACAUCGCGACGUGCCUGGUAACGAAGCCCUACCCCAAGGACAAGGUGCAGUCGUAUUUUAAGAAGUACAAAUUACUCAAAAUGUAACGGAUGUAAAUGGCAAUAAAUACCACAUUACGAUGUAUUACGAUGUAUUACGAUAUAAGAACAUCGAACGUUUCUCGUUACUUUCUAUGUUACACCGAAUCCAAAUUAAUCCUCCCGGCGCGGCGUUGCUUCUAAAAGAUUCUAGCUGAAGAAAAGUCUCCAAUAAUUUUUACUUCAGAACACCCGAACUCGUGAUAAUCGAAAGACCAACCCUGAGAGGCUCUAUAAAUGAGAUACGAUUUUCCGGCGCUCGAACGAAAUAAAUACUAACUUCAGAGGAAAAAGUCAUUUAUAUUUUACUCUAUUCGAGUGCGAAGAAGAUCAAUGCGCCAGAGAUAAGCCGCGUUCUACACGCGUGGCUCGAACGUAGCUUCUGAACGUCAAUAUUGCAACGGGCAACACCUCGGCUCUAUCUUUUUUAUCUUCUUCGUUUCUCCCUUUUUUUCCCCCAGAAGCGAUAUCGUUCCGUAUGGAAAAUAUUUACGCUUGGGGGACUACAAACGUCCGAAGAGAUAGAAAAAAAAAGAGAACGCACAUAGUUGUGCGAGACGCCGCUGCGGCGAUCCGAUAUUCUGACAUCGAGAAGAUUUACACUCACUGGUUUAUUCCACGGUACUUUGCAAGUAUUGACAAUGCGUGUGUACAGUCCCUUCUUUUUCCGUGCAUUACGCAUGGUACUAGCAUUAGAUUAUGAUUCUAAUCUAGACGGGAAUAACGCAGGAUCGCGCGCCACUAAUCAACUAGUCGUAUCAAAAAGCUCCUCGUUGCGCGAGUCUACAGUUGUUCUACGGUAAAAGUGCGGCGAAGCUCGUCUCUUCACAGGUAUGGAUUAGCGUAUGAUGUAAGAAUACGAGAUGUUUUGUUCCCGAGAUGCGCAGUCGAUGACCAAUUAGAAAAUUAGCCUAAAAUGUUACAAGCUAAUAUUGAGUCGCUAUUACAAAUUUACCAUCAAUAAGAAAUUUUUCCUAAUAUUAUAAUUUAUAUUCGCCAUUAUAUAUGCGCAAUGAAACCUUAUAUUCUUACAUCAUGGAUCGGCGUACGUUUCUCCCGCGGGAUUAGCUGAAAGGCAACCUGAAUCGCAUGUUACGAAGUGCAAUUUUUUAACCAUCGACUACAGUAAUGAGUUAUUUGAAUCCGAAGCGACAAUUUCAAAUGGUUGAUACAAUCUGUACAAUUAGUAUUGAAAUUUGAAUUGUAGAUAAAAAAAACUUUAAAUCUUUUCAUACCACUCGCCAAGGCGAAA